UUACUGUUGGUGCAUAGCGCCUGAAUACUAUUGAGUAGCAACUACUACAAUUGUCUUAACUGCUACAAACAGAACAAGGGCGUGCUUUAGCUUGUAGUAUUACUAAUUCAUUCCGAUUACACCUCUGUUCAAGGAAACACCUUGUUUAAUUUAUAAUCCUUUUUUCAAAGAAAAGAUAUUAGUUUAACUUUCAUACUAUCCUGCAGUAACAUUGGUCCUUUGAGCACGGAUAAUAAUUGAAAUAAGGAAUUAAUUAAUUACUUCAAUCAAGGUCAGUGGAGGUUAUCAAGAAGAAAAAAGGAUUUGUACAGGAGUGUGUCUUCCAGGAUUUAACUGCUGGCUCUGUAAACAUGUCUGAAAAAACCGAAGUAGCUGAACUUAUUAAAAAGCGCAGCAGCUAUAAGGGUCAAGUUACCAUUUUCAACGGGUUUUUAUCUUCAUUUGAAUCGCCAUCACCUCCCGAUGAAAGGGAUUAUGAGGAGUUGGAGUUGCGCAUUAAGAGGUUUGAUGCAUUGUAUAAUAAGUUCGAUGAGGUGCAAACACGAUUGGAAUGUUUACAGGAUGAUGAGAGUCAGGUGUUUGGGGAGCGUGAGGAAUUUGAAAAUAGAUAUUAUAAGGCAUUAAGUAAUGCUCAGAAAAUUCUUUCAAAUUAUAAAAAAUCUCACAUUCCUCUUCCAUCUGAUGGCGAAUGUAGUGUCAUACAUAGUGUUAAACUGAAUCCUGUCAAAUUGCCCACGAUCCAAAUACCGAAAUUUAACGGUUUAUUUAACGAGUGGAUCGGUUUUAGGGAUACGUUUAUGAGCCUAAUUCACACCAACAACGACCUAGACGAUAUUAACAAAUUCCAUUAUUUGAAGUCGUCUCUAGAGGGCAGCGCUGCUUUGGUAGUAUCUUCCGUUGAGCUCUCAGGAAAGAAUUAUAGCGUAGCUUGGACAUUACUGUGUGACAGAUUCGAUAAUAAAAACUUAUUAAUUCAACAUCAUGUUGCUGCACUAUUUAAAAUUGAAACUGUCACACGGGAGACAGCAUGUAAUUUAAAGGGUAUCGUUGACCAAUUAAAUAAAAAUCUAAGGGCCUUAGAUACAUUGGGCGAAUCCACUAAACAUUGGGAUACUUUAUUAGUUUACCUAAUAAGUCAAAAGUUAGACACAAAAUCAUUCCGAGAAUGGGAGGAAUAUAAAGGCCGGCUACCCACCGACACACGUAUUGAACUUUUACACUUAUUAGAUUUCUUACGUGUUCGCAUUACUUUAUUAGAUUCAGUUGAACACAACACAAAUUCAAAAAUUAAACCCAGUCACAAAAUUAUGACGUUACAGACUAAUAAUAUUAACAUUAAAGAGAUUUGUCCUAAAUGUGAUGGCGAGCAUAAACUGAAUAUGUGUUCUCAGUUUUUAGCUUUAAAUAACGAAGAGCGUCUUCAAUUAUUGCCAACAUUUAAGGUUUGUUUUAAUUGUUUCUCUAAAUCUCAUUUCUCAAAUAAUUGCAAAAAAUCAGGUUGCAAAAUAUGUAAGAAAAAACAUUCAGUUUUAGUUCACGUUGCAGAUAAGCAGAAGCUGUUAGUGCGUGGUGAGGGUAUUGGUUCUAAUACUACUCCCGCCAUCAGUAAUCCGAAUAACUUGACAUUAUCAACCAGCGUUUCUUCUGCCGGUCAAGACAAUAAUUGUCGCCGCGGAAAUUUGGUUUUAUUAUCCACUGCGCUAGUCAAGUUAUACGAUUCAAACAAUCGCGAACACGUUGUUCGUGUUGUAUUAGAUUCUGGUAGCACAUCUAGCCUUUUAUCGUACAGGAUGUUUCAACAGUUAAAACUGUCGUAUAAUAAAAUAAGUCAAUCCGUUCAGGGUAUUAAUAAUGCAAUUACCCAAAUCGAUAAAAUGUGUAAUCUGCGUUUUAAGUCAUUGGAUGACUCAUUUACGUGUAACAUUAAUUGUUUUAUUUUACCAUCGUUAACUGAUAGUGUACCAAACAGUACAGUUAAUAUCUUAAAUUUCAAUAUUCCUACGAAUAUUUGUUUAGCGGAUCCUCAUUUUUAUAAACCCGCGUCCAUCGACCUUAUAUUAGGCGCUGAUGUCUUUUGGAAUAUAGUAGGAAACCAAAGAAUUGAGUUAGGUGAUAACAAACCUACUCUUUGUGAAACAAGGUUAGGUUGGAUAGUUUCUGGUCCAAUUUGUGAUACGGUUUUAUUUUCAACUUGUCCACCUUAUCGUAUUCAGUGCAAUUUUGUUAGUAAAAAUCUAAUUGAUGAUGAUAUUAAUUCUACGUCAAAUAAUUUAAGCCUUAACAGUAUUCAGAUGGUAGGUCCAACGGUUCAGGACGAUCUUGUGUCCAUUCUUUUGAGGUUUAGACAACAUAAGUAUGUUAUCGUCGCUGACGUAGAGAAAAUGUACCGAAAAAUACUUGUUCAUCCUGAUGAUAGAUACCUGCAGCAUAUAUUAUGGCGUGACAACCCAUCUCAAUCCCUUAGAGCUUUCCAAUUAAAUACUGUAACAUAUGGUACCACGAGUGCACCAUUUCUCGCUACAAGAUGUCUGAAACAAUUGGGACUCGAAUGUCAAGACCACCAGAUAGCAGAAGUCAUUCUCCAUGAUUUUCUCGUCGAUGAUUUGUUGAGUGGGGGGGAUGAUCUGAAUGUAGUGAGGAAUAUUCGCGAAAAAGUAAUAACCACACUAGGCUCAGCUGGUUUAUUCCUACGAAAGUGGAAGUCUAAUGAGCCUCAAUUAAUUUCAGAGUCUGCAACAGAAGCCUCGCAUAAUCUUAAUGUUGGGGGGAAUGAGCCAAGUAAGACCUUAGGUUUAGGUUGGUUAUCUGUUUGUGAUGAUCUUUAUUUCCCAAUUGGGUUCUCUACUGCGGCUAACACAAAACGUAGUUUGCUUUCAGUGAUCUCACAAAUAUUUGAUCCUUUAGGUCUUCUCUCUCCUGUUGUCAUUAAAUUUAAGAUUAUAUUACAAAGUUUAUGGUUGCAGAGUCUAUCAUGGGACGAACCUCUUCCUUCGCACAUCCAAGCACUCUGGAUGGAUGCUACUAAAAAUUUAAAUGUGUUAAAUAAUUUACGGGUAUCACGUCAUGUAAUGAUUAACUCGUAUGAACAAUUAGAAAUUCAUGUGUUUUCGGACGCUUCUGAAAGAGCAUACGGUGCCUGUUUAUACAUACGUAGUAGUGAUCGUAGCGGUAAUGUAUUAGUACGUUUAUUAACAACUAAGAGUAGGGUAGCACCGAUUAAACCAACUACAAUACCACGGCUCGAGCUUUGUGGAGCUCAAGUGGCUGCAAAACUAUAUAAAAAGGUUUGUAGUUCGUUAAGAAUUAAAGUUACGAAAUCAUUUUUCUGGACUGACUCUUCCAUUGUAUUAGGUUGGCUUAAGAUGUUGCCAAGUAAAUUAAAUACGUUUGUAAGGAAUCGCGUCGGAGACAUUUUAGAAAUAACCGGUGAUUGUGAAUGGCGUCAUGUUCCUACCGCUCAAAACCCAGCUGAUUAUGUUUCCCGAGGAGUUAAAGUCGAUGAUAUUGAAUCACUAAACAUAUGGUGGUCAGGAACAAACUUUUUACAGAAGUCUUAUAUUGUUUGGCCUUCCAUUUUAGUACAAUGUGAACCGUUGCCAGAAAUGCGUAAUGAGGUAUGUUUACUUAACAUUGCUCAUCCAAUAGAAUUCAUUCAAUUUGAACGCUUUUCAAAUUUUAACAGACUACGACGUGCUAUAGCUUAUCUACUUAGGUUUAUUGAAUCGUGUAAGGGUCGAAGCGCUGUAACUAAUUACCUUACUGAAACAGAAUUAAGUAAUUCACUUAACGUUAUUAUUCGUUCUGCUCAGAGAGAAUCUUUUCCAGAAUAUGAUAUUCUUUUACAAAAGAAAGAAUUACCAGUUACAAGUGCUUUGUUAAAAUUUAAUGUAUUUUUAGAUAAAAAUAAUUUAAUGCGUAUUGGCGGUCGUAUUAGUAAUUCACAAUUUUCAUAUGAUAAAAAACAUCCUUUACUAUUAAUGUCCACACAUCGAUUAACACAAUUAAUAUUUCAACAUGAACAUUUGAAACUUAUGCAUGCUGGGCCACAGUUAUUGUUAUCUUCAAUACGAGAAGUGUAUUGGCCUAUCGGAGGUAGAAAUUUAGCAAAGACUACUUAUAGACGAUGUAUCAGGUGUACACGCAUGAAAGGAAAGAUUGAAGCUCCUAUUAUGGGUAAUUUACCUCAGCGUCGAGUAACUCCCGGUAAUUAUCCUUUUGAGUCUGUUGGCGUGGACUAUGCAGGUCCUAUUGCUUCUGUUAGUCGUCAAGGUCGAGGCUCCCGUGUUGUCAAACGGAAAAUAGAAGAUGUUCUAGUGGACCCAGAUACCCAACAGCCCAUUGAGGAUGCCAAAAAGCCUAGGAUAGAUUUAGACUCGAAUAGGAAAUACUUGUGUUUGAAGUCUAUUGUUGAAAUGUACGGGAAAGUACUCACUUUAGCUUUCGGAGAGAAGAAAAAAGGUGAGGCCAUGGAGACAGAUGCAGAUGCAGUAGCUGCAAAAACAUUGAUUGAAGCCACAAAGAACAUAACGGCAGGAAGUUAA